CGGAUUGUGUUUUUUCUUUUUGUUUUUUUGUUUUGUUUUGUUUUUCCUUGGACCUUUUCCCUGCCAUGGCCGGAGGGGCGGCCGAUGUCCUCAACGGCGAGAGGGCCGUCGUUGCCCUAUUUGUCUCGCGUGUACUCCUUUCUGCCCCCCUCUCCCUCCUUUAUGAGUCUCUCGCCCUCUUCCUUCUUUCCGCUUGCGGCCUGCUCGUUGAGAUCUCCGUGGAGAGUUCCUCCGCCCCGCUCCGCUUCAAAACAAGGCCUGGUGCAUCUUCUGGGAUACUACUGGGUGCGGUGACUCUACCUGCUGUCAUACUUUCCCGACUGAUACAACUUUCAAGAGUGCUUCUGGAGAAUAAUGCCACUCCUGAUGAGAUUUCAGGAUUGGAUAUGCAGUUUUGGACCGUAUCUGCUAGCUGCUUUAGUGUGCUAAUAUUCUUCUGUUUAACAUUCCAACAUUCUCCCAAGAAUACAACUUUCUUUCAGCUUAAGAACUUUCGAACUUCAAAUUGUGGGCUAAUGCACAUGGUGUUGUUGUCCAUGGCUCUUUGCUAUUUGUCUUUCACAGCAAAAGCAGACAGUGGGUAUCUUCCUUUGUUGAAAUUUGUGUGGUUAAUUUGUCAUUCGUUGGCUAGUGUUAUGCUUAUCCAGCACAUUCUUCAGGCAUUCCCAUCAUGCGCUUCAUUAGGGGAAGUACUUCUAGUGUCUAGUGGUUUGAUGCUUUACUUUGGUGACGCACUGGCGCAUUCCCUUAGCAAGGCCUUGGCAUUCUUAGCACCAUCAGCACUGACUUUCCUUAAAUAUGGAACUCAUUCUGAAAUAGCAAUAGUUAUUCAGGGAGUGAUGGUUGGCCUGUUCCUUUUCCCUGCGUUCUACAAAAUUGUUCUUUGGGCUUGGGUUCACCUAACAAACUUGAGGAAGCCUGAAGCUUUAGCAACCAAUGGGGGACCAAACAAUGUGGUUGAAAUGUCAGUUUUGUUUUAUGCUUCUCUCUUGUUCAUGUUGACAGCAUUGAUUCCAGCUUGGAUGUACCUUGUUCGGGAUUUUCAGAAGCAUCCUGUUGCAUGGGUGUUUACAUUUGUCUUCUCAGACCCACUCAAGCACUUGGCACUAUGUUUAUAUUGGGUUUGUGUGAUCUGUGUCUCAGUUUUGCGGUUCUACGAUAUAUCAAAGCACAGCAAGAUUGAGAGGAUUCUUCUUAGGAAAUACUACCAUUUAGUGGCAGUUCUAAUGUUUUCACCUGCUCUUCUUCUUCUGCCUGCCUUUUUGAACCUUGCAUUUGGUGCAGCCUUUGCAGUUUUUCUAGUGUUGGAAAUGAUUAGGGUCUGGAAAAUCUGGCCAUUGGGACACACUAUUCACCAAUUCAUGAAUGCUUUUACUGAUCAUCGUGACUCGGACAUUCUUAUUGUCAGUCACUUCUCCCUCUUACUUGGAUGUGCCCUUCCAAUAUGGAUGUCAGCUGGGCUGAAUGAUAGACCCCUUGCUCCUUUUGCUGGGAUUUUAAGCCUAGGGAUUGGUGACACAAUGGCAUCAGUUGUUGGCCACAAGUAUGGUGUUCUUCGGUGGAGCAAAACUGGAAAGAAAACUAUCGAAGGUACUGCAGCUGGAAUAACGUCUGUCCUCGCAGCCUGCUCAGUCCUCCUGCCUCUACUAGCAUCAACUGGUUAUUUCUUUUCCCAGCACUGGUUGUCUUUGCUUGUGGCAGUCACGGUCAGCGGCUUGUUGGAGGCAUACACGGCACAACUUGACAAUGCCUUUAUUCCUCUUGUAUUUUACAGCCUCCUGUGUCUAUGAUAACAUCUAACUACGUGUUCUCCGGACUGGGUGUUUAAUGUAUAUUCACAUCCACUUCUUUAUAGAGCAGAUGAUCUUAAGCUAUAGUUCAUACUUUUACAAAAUUCCACUGAAGCAUUAGCACCACGGCCAAUGGUUUUACAUUCUUCGUUUGCAUCAGAACAGGCAACGAUGGGAUCAGAUCCAUGCAGUAACAAUUUGAUUAUUAAUAUUUUACAAGGGCUUAUUGUUAUA